GCUGCUCUUGGACAAAGGCUUGCUCUGUGCUGCAAAUCUCAUCCUCUUUGCGCAGCCUCUGGCUUCAACCACAGCGUCACAAAUAUUCUCCAGCUGGGAAUCAGACAGGGGCAGAAAUGAAGAACCCAGAAGCCCAACAGGAUGUUUCGGUUUCCCAGGGUGUUCGAAUGAUGUUUUACAUGAUGAAACCCAAUGAAACUUCCUUCCAAACCAUCGAAGAAGUGCCCGAUUACGUAAAAAAGGCAACUCCAUUUUUCAUUUCCCUGAUGCUACUUGAAUUGACUGUCAGCUGGAUCUUCCGGGGGAAGCCACCAGGUCGUUUGGAUGAUGCUUUGACAUCAAUGUCAGCUGGAGUUUUGUCUCAGCUCCCACGUCUGUUUUUCAGGAGCAUUGAAGUGACCACUUACAUUUAUAUCUGGGAGAACUACAGGCUUUUUGAUUUGCCUUGGGAUUCUCCGUGGACUUGGUAUUUAACCUUCUUUGGAGUUGACUUUGGCUACUACUGGUUCCAUCGCAUGUCCCAUGAGGUUAAUAUUAUGUGGGCUGCACACCAAACACACCACAGUUCUGAAGACUAUAACUUAUCCACAGCACUGAGGCAAUCUGCCUUGCAGAUAUAUACUUCCUGGAUUUUCUACUCUCCCAUGGCCUUCUUUAUACCACCCUCAGUGUAUGCUGUUCAUCUUCAGUUCAAUCUCCUCUACCAGUUUUGGAUACACACAGAGGUCAUCAAUAACCUUGGUCCUCUGGAACUGAUUCUUAACACCCCUAGCCAUCACAGGGUUCAUCAUGGCAGAAAUCGUUACUGCAUUGACAAAAAUUUUGCUGGCACUCUUAUUAUUUGGGAUAGAAUUUUUGGGACAUUUGAAGCAGAGAAGGAACCAAUUGCAUAUGGUCUCACCCAUCCAAUUAAUACAUUUGAACUCUUCAAGGUGCAGUUCCACCAUUUCCAUUACAUAUGGACUACAUUCUGGGCUACACCUGGAUUCUUCCAUAAGUUUUCUGUAAUAUUUAAAGGACCAGGAUGGGGUCCAGGCAAACCAAGGCUUGGCCUAAGUGAAGAGAUCCCAGAGGUUACAGGACAAGAAGUUCCCUUCUCAUCACCAGUAUCCCAAGUACUGAAGAUAUACUCAGUCCUACAGUUUGCAGUGAUGCUAGCAUUUUAUGAGGAGACCUUUCUGAAUGCAUCUGCAUUGUCACAGGUGACUCUGCUUCUGAGAGUUUUCUUCAUUAUCCUAACCUUGACUUCCAUCGGGUUUCUUCUGGAUCAAAGACCUAUGGCGGCUGUUCUGGAGGCCCUGCGGUGCUUAGUGCUCCUAACCCUGCACAGAUUUGGUCACUUAAAACCACGUGUCCCUUCUCUCUCAUUUGUUCUUGAGAUUUUCUUUUCCAUUUGCAUUGCUUUCUGGGGAGUAAGAAGCAUGAAACAGCUCACCUCUGCUUCUUGGAAAUAA